CGAGUGUCCAGCCUGUCCCAGAUGUGGGAUGAGACGCAUACUCAGGCCCAGGAGAGGGAAAGCUGGCUGCUCAAACUCUUGGAUCUAGCCUUGAAGUUCUGGGGUGAUGUCAGUGAUGUCACGGCUGCUCUCAAUGAUGCUCAGCAGGCAGUUUUGGAUCUCAAUUCUAGUCGGACAGACUCCGAAACAAUCCGCCAGAGCCUUGAAACCAUGCAGACUCUCAGGGAGGAUAUUGACAGUUUACAGGGAGAUCUGGACACCCUUGGCGUUUUGGGAAUGGAUCUGAUGUCAGCAUGUGGGGAUACAGACAAACCAGAUGUCACAAAGAGCCUAGAUGAACUCUAUUGCACAUGGAACAACUUGAGCAAACUGUGGAACGAAUGUCACAAAAAGCUGGAGGAGUCCUUGCAGAUGGCGCUACAUUAUCAAGACACUAUGCAGGGUCUGUUUGAGUGGUUGAAGUCUGCUGAACUGAGGUCUACUGAAGAGUUCAUAGUAGGGACUGACCUGGAAUCAGUCAAAGAUCAGCUAUGCGAUCUCAAGGAAUUUAAGCGAGAACUUUACCAGAAGAAAAUAGAGAUAGAAAGCCUGAACCAUCGCUUUGUGUGUCGGCUGUCUCCAGGCUCGGAGCGCCCAGGCUCCGUCUCACCACUGUGUGACUUCAGACAGCGCUGGGACAGCCUGGAGUCAGAGACUGUCGGCAGACAGCAUCAACUGGAGUGUGCUCUGUUGGGUCUGGGUCAGUUCCAAAACACACUGGAUGAGCUGCACACAUGGCUUUCCCGGACCGCUGAACAACUGCAGGGCAGCCAGCCAAUCAGCAUCGACCUGCAGGCCUGUGAAAUAGAGCUGGCCAAACACAAGGUCUUACGUAAUGAUGUCAUGUCGCAUGUUCGCACGAUGGAGUCCCUGAACCAGGCAGGCAGGGGGCUGCUGGAGGUUGGGUCCGGGGACAGCCCGCAUGGUCCGCAGUCUCGGCUGGAGCAACUCAAUGAAAGCUGGGAGUUUGUCCGCUGUGAGACUGAACGCAGGCAGCUGGAACUAGAGAACAGACUGAGUCAGGUACAAGAUGUUACAAUGGAGAUUCAGGAUCUCCUGCAGUGGCUGGAGAACACAGACCUGAGACUGUCCUCCUCUAAAACCAUGUGGGGAAUGCCGGACUCUGCCAGUGAAAGACUCAAUGCACACUUGGAUUUGUGCAAUGAGAUGGAGUCAAAGCUUCACGCCUACACAGAUGUGAAGAAUGCCAUCCACAGGAUGCUGGAGAGCAGCAAUGUUGUCCGGGGAUCGAGCACCGAACACAGCUUGUCUAUUCUCGAACAGAAAUGGGCAUCUGUUUACAGCAAAAUCCAGGAGCGAAAGGCGAAGCUUACAGAAGGGCUGAGUCUGGCCAAGGAGUUCCACAGUAACGUGCAGGAGCUUCUCACUAAGAUGAGCAAAUGUGAAGAGUCUAUUGGGCUUCUUCCUCCUCCCAGCUUUGCUCUGGACACAGUUUGUACUCAACUGCAGGAGCACAGAGCGCUGGUAAAUGAAGUGAACAGUCACGGUGAGAAGAAGAGCACAGCGGAAAACACAGCCCGUAGACUAAUAGAGCUGAGCAGGAAGGAAGACUGUGAUGUCAUUCAUAACCUAAUCAUGACCGUCCAAGAUCGCUACAAAAAGCUACAGCAGCGCACUUCAGAAAGAGGCCGGACGCUGGAGGAGGUCAAAAAGAAUGCCAAACAGUUUAAUGAAUCGUGGCGCCUGCUAGUGGACUGGAUGACGGAGGUAGAGCAGACACUAGACACACAUAAAGAGAUCGCUGUGUCCCACGAGGAGAUUAAACAACAACUGACCGAGCAGAAGGAGUUCCAAAAACUGCUGAGGUCAAAGAGGCCUAUGUACGAAGCUACAUCGAAGAACGGACGCAGCCUUCACGAAAGAGCUCAAACCAGCCAUGAUAGACAGCAUCUGGAAAAUCUACUGGCUGAACUCAAAGACACGUGGGACACCAUCAGUGGCAAGUCCAUGGAGAGACAACACAAGCUGGAGGAAGCGCUACUGUUCUCGGGUAGAUUCACUGAUGCUCUGCAGGCCCUGAAUGACUGGCUGUACAGAGCGGAGCCCCAGCUAGCUGAGGAUGUUCCUGUUGGUGGAGACAAAGACAUGGUGCACAACCUGAUAGACAAACACAAGGCCUUCCAAAAGGAGCUGGGAAAGCGAGCCGGAUGCAUCAGGACCCUAAAGCGCUCUGUGAGGGAUCUGACCAGGAGCAGCACAGCUGAUGCUCACUGGCUGCAGGAGCAGAUGGACGAGCUGGAGGGCCGCUGGGAGGCUGUGUGCAAACUGUCAGUCAGCAAGCAGGACAGACUGGAGGCUGCACUUCAGCAGGCUGAAAAGUUUGAUGGCCUUGUCCAUUCUUUCAUGGAACGCCUCACUGAGGCUGAGAGGAUACUGAAGUAUGGGGUGAUACCAGAGGAGGAGGAAGGUUUGCUUGCUUUCCGUAAACAACACAAGGAAUCCAUGAGUGCCUUGCAGGCUCAGGCGGUGGAGUUACAGAACAUCCAUUGUCUGGGUGAGGAGAUCCUGGCCUCCUGUCACCCAGACUCCAUAAUCACCCUAAAAUCUUGGAUCAGUGUAACCAAGACCCGCUAUGAGGAGGUUCAGACCUGGGCUCAGCAGCAGGGCCAGAAGAUCCAGGCCAGCUUGGCAGCAAUAGAGGCAGAGAGAGAGGAAGUCCAGAGGCUGCUGGACUGGAUCUCCUCAGCGGAGGAGGCCCUCAGCCUCAGAGACCAAGAGCCUCCAGCUGACACCACAGAGCAGAACCAAGAACUGAUUGAGCAGCACGCAGUAUUCAUGGAGGAGUUGAAUAAAAAGUUUCCAGAAGUUGAACAUGCCACCAAGUCCUGCAAACACAAGAGCAUCUCUAAACAGCAAGUUUCCCCCAGCAAACGGCCACUCACAAAGAGGAGAAGCACUCUGAAGCUGCAGCCUGCUGUACCCAUUCCCCUGGAGCACCUUGACCCCCAAACCCCAGACCUCAGUCAGCUGGUCAGUCAGUGGCAGAAGCUUUGGCUUCUGGCUGUAGCGAGACAAAAACAUCUGGAACAGCACCAGCAAGCACUCAAAGAGAUGGAAGAAUUUGCAAACUUCGACUUCAAUAUUUGGCGAAAGCGUUACAUACUGUGGAUUAGUCAUUUGAAGUCACGGAUCUUGGACGUGUUCCGCAGCAUUGACCGGGACCAGGAUGGACGCAUCAGCCAGAAGGAGUUUGUGGAUUAUGUCCUUGCCUCCAAAUUUCCCACCAACUCUCUGGAGAUGAAUGCAGUGGCAAACAUCUUUGACAUUAACAGCGACGGUUUCAUCGACUACUAUGAGUUUGUGAGCGCACUUCACCCCAGCAGAGAUCCCUACAGGAAAACUCUGGAUGCAGAUCAAAUCAACGAAGAGGUGAGCCGACAGGUAUCGCAGUGUAACUGCCCCAAGAGGUUCCAAGUGGAACAAAUUAGUGCCAAUAGAUACAGGUUUGGAGAUUCCCAACAGUUGCGGAUGGUUCGUAUCCUGCGGAGCACGUUGAUGGUCAGGGUGGGAGGAGGCUGGACUGCUCUUGAUGAGUUCCUAGUCAAGAAUGACCCCUGCAGAGUGAAAGGCAGGACCAACCUGAAGAUCAAGGAGAAGUACUUGUCCCCUGCAGGAAGCUCUUCUAAGGGUUUGACUGUCAGCAGGUCCAACUCAAGCCUCAGCCUCUACAGCAGUGCGUCCGCCCCCACCAGCCCCAUGACACGCAAGACUUCUUUCUCUAACUAG